GCCUCCGCUCAGCCACACGACCCUCCCGCCCUGGGCGCGGAGAGCAGGGCCGGCUCCCAGGAGACUAGCGGCACAGCAGCCCGGCGCAGCGAGCACGCCCACCCCGCCAAAGUGUUAACUUUGGACAUCUACUUGAGAAAGACUGAGGUGGGACAGGUGGACGAGCCGGUUGUAGUUACACCUGAGGGAGAAGAUUGCGGAGAUUCCGACGACAUGGAAAAGAGGGCAAGCGGUCGCAGGGCGGGCAGGCGGAGGAAGUCGCAGAAGUCCACCGACUCCCCCGGCGCCGACGCCGCGCUGCCCGAGAGCCCAUCCCGGGACGACGCGGUGUUCGACGACGAGGUGGCGCCAAACUUCUCAACUGAAAAGAAAGUGAAAUCUCCGCGGGCAGCCCUCGACGGGGGCGUUGCCUCCGCGCCCAGCUCAGAGUCCAAGCCCGGCCCCAAAGGCCAGCUCCGCGGGGAGUCAGAUCGCGCCAAACAGCCGCCCCCUACCUCGUCCCCCACCAAGAGGAAGGGCCGGAGUCGCGCCUCGGAGCCGGUGCCCAGCCCGCCAGCAAGCGGCCCGCGGGCUCCCGCCAAAGAAUCGCCACCCAAGAGAGCGCCCGAACCCGGCGCGAACGCUAAGGGCGCCGCGGCAGACAGUGGGGAGGAAGCGGCCCGGGUCAUCCCUCGUGAGCUCACGGUCAAGAGCAGCUCGCUGCUGCCCGAGGUCAGACCUGAGCACAAGAGGGGCCCUGUCCCCAACCACUUCGAUGGCCGGGGGGAGGGAGGCCGAAGCAAAGAGCUGGGCAGGUCGGCUGGAACUUCUGAGACUGACAGCUUGAAGCCCAGGAACCAUUUCGGUGUGGGCAGGUCGACGGUGACCACCAAAGUGACCUUACCUGCCAAACCCAAGCAUGUGGAACUAAAUCUUAAAACUUCUAAGAAUUCUGAUAGUUUUGGAAAUGAGCACAAUCCAUUUAGCCAGCCAGUUCAUAAGGGAAACACUGCCACCAAAAUCUCCUUAUUUGAAAACAAACGGGUAAAUAAUAGCCCAAGACACUCUGAGGUUCGAGGAACAAGGAACAUUCCUACCUCCAAUAAGACAUUUGUUGGGAGGGCAAAGCUGAAUUUAGCCAAAAAAGCCAAGGAAAUGGAGCAACCAGAAAAGAAAGUGGUAACAAACAGUCACCAGAAUGGUGUCCUGGUGAAGGAAGCAUCUGCAGAAACCAAAGUUCCUCUUCCUGAAGAAGAGAUUCUCCUAGCACCCAGACAAAAGGAAGGCGAGCCCAUGGAGGGUCAAGUUUCCAAUAAUCAGCCCAACCAGGAUGAUACAAAAGAUGGUAGCUGCUCAUCAGAGCCAGUGGCUACUGCUCAGAUUCCUAUCCAGGACCAGAAGCUCUUAAAUGACCCUGAGGCAGUUGACAGCGAAAGACUUGUACUUGAAAAUCUGGUUGAUACAACACAAGAUGUCCCCUCUCGUGGUGAUACCAAAGAUCUCUCUCCAAAGCCACAAGAUACAUUUUCUGAAUUGAAACCCCCAGUUGAGUCAUCUAAGGGGCUUUCUUCUUCAUUGCCUGUUCCCAUUCCUGUGGUUGUUCCCAAAAAUGUAUGUGUUCCAGCUCCCAUGAGCAGCUUUCCAUGCACUGAUCUAAAAGCAUCAGAAAAUCAUAAUGGAUGUAUUUUGUCUGCAUCUCAUCAUAGUGAGAAAAUGCCACUCUCCAAAGUUGGAGGAGGAGGAGGAGGAGAAGCAAACUUUCCAUUGUCCCCAGAGAACAGCCCAGAAGCUGGGGGAAAUGAUUGUCCUUCCAAGAUCCUUGUCCAAGUCAGGUCUUUUGUACUACCAGUGGAGAGCACCCAGGAUAUGAGUUCCCAGAUCAUCUCAGAAAGCUCUGAAGUUAGAGAAGUGCAGUUGCCAAGUUGUCACAAUAAUGAGCUUGAGGUGGUUUCCGUUGCAAGUUGUACUCCCCCGCAAGAGGAAGUACUGGGUGAUUCAGGCACAUCAGCCAAACACACUUGUUGCAAAGAAGAAGAAAUUGCAAAGUCUGGCCCACAAGUCAUGCCACCUGAAUCCAAGAAAGCUCUGCCUAUCCAGACUCAAAGUGAGGGCAGCCAAAUACCCCCAAUGGCUGAAUCUAGCCCCAUUAACUCUCCAAGCAGCAGAAUUUAUUCAGAAACUCCUCAAAGGCCAGAUAAGAAUGUUGUAAAUGGCCAGGAUACUCCAGUUAGUAUUUUGAAUGUCUCUGCUGGUAGUGACGAUAGUGUAUUUGAUUCUUCUUCUGAUAUGGAAAAAUUUACUGAAAUUAUAAAAAAGAUGGACAGUGCAGUUUGUGUGCCUCAGAAGAAGAAAAGGGCCAGAACACCAAACUCUUCUGCCCCUCAUUUUGCCAUGCCUCCCAUUCAUGAGGACAAUUUAGAAAAGGUGUUUGAUCCCAACGUGUUCACUAUUGGUUUAGGGAAGAAGGAAAGUCAGCAAGAAAUGUCACCAGCUUUACAUCUGAUGCAGAGUCUGGACCCCAAAUCCAAACUAAGACCCAAACGUGCAUCCACUGAACACAGUCUCCUCUUUAAGUCCAUGCACUCUAACACUAAUGGGAAAAGUGAAUCUCGGGUGACUCCAGAGAUAAAUGACAAAGAGAACAGGGAUGUCAUCAAUGGUGGAAUUAAAAGGUCAAGACUAGAAAAAAGUGCACUUUUCUCAAGCAUUUUAUCUUCUUUACCACAAGACAAAAUAUUUUCUCCCUCUGUGACAUCAGUCAAAACUAUGACCACGUCCUUCAGCACUUCUCAGAAUAGUUCCCCAUCUCUGACUUCAGUGGGACAGCCCAUGACUGAGGGUGCUCUGCCCAGUGGCUCUGACAAAGAACAGCCGAAUCUUCUGCCCCACAACUCCUUAAAGGUCUUCAAUUUCAACUCAUUAACGACAUCUCAUUCAAAUUUGAAAAGUCCAAGCCACAUGGAAAAAUACCUGCAAAAGGAAGAACCCAAAGAUGAUCUGAAUUCACGAAGCAACCUGCACUUGCCAGAAACUAAAUUUUCUAAACUCAAGAACAGUGAUGAAAUGGAAAAAACUAGUAUUGAAAGUGCUCUUAAGUCAAAUUCACCAAACCUUGGAAACAGUGACGCUGAUUUCACGGGUCUCUUCAAAUCAAGUCUGUAUGAUCCAGGCAUCUCUUUUUCGGCGAUGUCAUUAUCAGAUGGAACGACACUUAGAGGAAGUGUUCAAAAUAAAGUCAAUCCUAGACCUGGGAAGGUGGUGAUAUUCAGUGAACCAGAUGUUUCUGAGAAGCACAUUGAAGUUUUUGGUGACAUUCAGGAUUGUAGUUCUUGGAAGCUCUCUCCGGUGGUCCUCAUAAAGGUUGUUAGAGGAUGUUGGAUUUUAUAUGAGAAACCAAAUUUUGAUGGGCAUUCCAUCCCCUUAGAAGAAGGUGAAUUAGAACUCUCUGGGCUCUGGAAUAUAGAAGAGACUUUGGAAGGAAAUGAGGAAGUAAAGUCUGAUAAGCCUGUAGUGAUUGGCUCAAUGAGACAUGUGAUCCAGGAUUACAGAAUUAGUCAAAUUGACUUAUUUACUGAGCCAGAAGGGUUAGGACUACAGAAUUCCUACUUUGAUGAUACAGAGGAAAUGCAGGCAUUUGGUGUAAUGCAGAAGACAUGUUCCAUUAAAGUACACUGGGGAAUAUGGCUAAUUUAUGAGGAGCCUGGAUUUCAAGGUGUUCCUUUCAUCCUGGAACCUGGUGAAUACCCUGACUUAUCUUUCUGGGAUACGGACACAGCAUACAUUGGAUCCAUGCGGCCUAUGAAAAUGGGUGGCCGUAAAGUUGAAUUCCCUAAAGAUCCAAAGGUAGUUAUUUAUGAAAAGCCUUUCUUUGAAGGACGAUGUAUGGAACUAGAAACAGAACUGUGCAGUGUUAUCACAGAGGGAGGCAAGACAGAGGAAGCCACUGGAGAUGGUCAUUUGCCCCUUCUGUCUGUGGGCUCUAUGAAAGUACUCAGAGGCAUAUGGGUUGCUUAUGAGAAGCCUGGAUUUACAGGUCAUCAGUAUUUGCUAGAAGAAGGCGAAUACAGGGACUGGAAAGACUGGGGCGGUUACAGUGGAGAACUUCAGUCUUUACGACCUAUAUUAGGUGAUUUUUCAAAUGCUCACAUGAUAAUGUACAGUGAAAAAAACUUCAGUUCUAAAGGUUCCAGUAUUGAUGUAUUAGGAAUUGUUGCUAACUUAAAGGAGACCGGAUAUGGAGUGAAGACACAGUCUAUUAAUGUACUGAGUGGAGUAUGGGUAGCCUAUGAAAAUCCUGACUUCACAGGAGAACAGUAUGUUCUUGAUAAAGGCUUUUACACCAAUUUUGAGGACUGGGGAGGCAAAAAUUGUAAGAUCUCUUCUGUUCAACCCAUAUGUUUGGAUUCUUUUGCUGGCCCCAGGAGACAAAAUCAGAUUCACUUGUUUUCAGAACCACAGUUUCAAGGUGAAAGCCAAAGUUUUGAAGAAACAACAAGUCAAAUUGAUGAUUCAUUUUCUACUAAGUCUUGCAGAGUUUUAGGAGGCAGCUGGGUUGCAUAUGAUGGAGAAAAUUUUUCUGGUAACCAGUAUGUGUUGGAAGAAGGUCACUAUCCUUGUCUUUCUUCAAUGGGAUGCCUGCCUGGAGCAACUUUCAAAUCUCUUCGGUUUAUAGAUGUUGAAUUUUCUGAGCCAACUAUCAUUCUUUUUGAAAGAGAAGACUUCAAAGGAAAAAAGAUUGAACUUAAUGCAGAAACAGUUAAUCUCCGGUCCUUGGGAUUCAACACACAAAUACGCUCUGUUCGAGUUAUUGGUGGCAUAUGGGUUACUUAUGAAUAUGGCAACUACAGGGGCCGACAGUUCUUACUGUCACCAGCAGAAGUACCUAACUGGUAUGAAUUCACUGGAUGUAACCAAAUAGGUUCUCUAAGACCUUUUCUUCAGAAACAAAUUUAUUUCAAACUUCGAAACAAAGCAACAGGGUUGUUCAUGUCAACCAAUGGGAACUUAGAGGAUCUGAAGCUUCUUAGAGUACAGGUCAUGGAAGAUGUCUGUGCUGAUGACCAGAUUUGGAUUUAUCAAGAAGGAUGCAUCAAAUGCAGGAUAGCAGAAGACUGCUGCCUGACCAUCGUGGGCAGCCUCGUCACAUCAGGCUCUAAACUCGGCCUGUCGCUUGACCAGAACGUCGAUAGUCAGUUCUGGUGCAUGAAGUCAGAUGGCAGGAUCUACAGCAAAUUGAAACCAAACUUAGUUUUAGAUAUCAAAGGGGGAGCGCAGUAUGAUCAGAAUCACAUCAUCCUCAACACAGUCAACGAAGAGAAAUUAACACAAGUGUGGGAAGCCAUGGUUCUGUAAACCUGAACACAGAACACAGAGAACUUUCCUGGAGGACUUUCCAGCCACUUAAUUUAAGAAACACAAGAGGACAGUGCUGGUGGAGGAGCCAAGUAGAAAGUGCACCGCCUCCCUCCUCCCUCCGAGUCACCCUGCCACGACUGCAAGAACUAUAAGGCUGUAAUAGUUUUAAACCAAUAAUUAGCCCUCCUCUCAUUUCUUGCUUUCAUUGCCUCAGUAAACACUUACACAGGUUGCCUCAUUAGCAGCUUUUAGGUAUUCUUAAAAGAUCUUAAGACUUCAAGACUGUAAAUUUUAAAUUUUUUCCAAAGAUGGUGACAAUGAACAAGACCAAAUUUACUGGUUCUGCAGCCCCACAAAUAAAUCCUUUACAGUUUAAAGGGAACCAUAAACACUUCUAUUUGUAAGGUAGAACACUGUUUACUAUUUUAGAGGAAUGUUUUAUUAGGCCUAUACAUAUGUUUUUGGCCUUAAUGUUUUCUGGACUUACUAAUUAUGCUGGAAGGUAGAGGAGGAAAAUAAACCUUGUAUGUUCAGAAAUGGAAGGCACUCAAUAAAUAUAGACUGAGUGCCUUUCUUACAGCUGCUACUGGGACAGUAUUAUCACGGCCGCGUUUCCUAGCCUCCUCUUACUCAUUACACCACGUACUGAAGCCAUAGUCUACUGUUUUUUGCUAAACGCAGAACUUUUAGCCUAAUUUCCAGCUAUUACUGCUGUAGGACAGGCGCAUGCCUUGGACACAACAGCCCUGAGCUCACUUCCUUCUAGUAGCAGAAACAGGCAUGUGGUGCGUAGAGGAUGGCCAGCAGUCUUUGCCAGAAAGUGAAGAAGAGAAGCCCCUAAGAGCUGUUUACCAGUCAGAUGCUAACGCCGAGAACCCUACAGUGCACUAAGGGAUUCAAAAAUGCAGUGAAGCCAUAUUUAACUGUGGCAGUAACACUGGCCCAUACCAGGCUGCUCUGUCAGUUCUAGUUUUGAACAAAACCGCUAAAUGUUUCAAGUACAUUCUUUGUCAACGCUGAACACUGGUGCUUCUGUCACAGGUAGAACAAAUCUUGUUUCUAGUUUAUCUAUUGAAGCAUGUUUCUAAUUCUGAAGUGUGAUCUUCCCUGGAGUCCAUGGUAGACAGUUGUGGCCACGAGAACAGUUGUAAAAUGUUUGUCCAAGUACAGCAGCAUUCAGCGUGCCUUUCUUGGUCUGUGACAUAUCUUUGUAGCUCUCAUUUUAGGCCUCUUGGUCUGUACCAUUAAAACAUGGUUGGUUAAGAUAUUCUGUAGUAUCCUGUGUGGAAUUUCUCUGGAAUAAACUUGUUUCUGGCUAA